AUGGCUCAUCACAACCAUGGCCACAGGCACUUGCCUCGUAAUCCCGACUUCUGGGACGACGUUGGAAACACCUUCAAGGGUCUGAAUCCCUUCGCGUCCGACGACGAAAGCGACAGCGGAAGCAAUCGAGGUAAACUCAAGAUCCGACAAGACGACGACGAUGAUAAACCCACGCCCACGCCGCCCGCUAAUACGAGAAAAGGUCGGUCGACUGUUAUCAAAACCAUUUACCAGACCGUCACCGACGGCGACAUCCGCCCUGCCGCCAGCUCUUCAACGAGACUGCUCGUCGCCGAAUCCCCCCUCCCCACCCGGACGAGGUCAUCGUCGUCUGAUUCGUCCGAGACCACCAUCGCGAGGGCGGGCGCUCCUGUCAUCAAGACUCCCGAAACCUCCACCGCCACCUCGACUGACGACUCACUGUCUUCGUCGCUGCCUUCAGUCAUCGAGGAACCCCUCUCCGAGAGCAUUCCCACCACUCUCGCCAUCGCAACCGACACUCCGACUUUCGUCAGGACCACCAAGCCCACCGUGUCUGGCGAUGGUACCGGUGCCCGUGUCGGUGCCAGCGUCAUCUCCUCCGCCUCGCCGAGCUCCACCUCGACCGCCGAUGAGUCAGCCAGUGCCGAGCCCAGUGGUGCCGCGAAAGCUGGCAUUGCCAUUGGUGUCUUGGCUGGUGUCCUCGUUGUCUUUCUGCUCGUCUUCUUCCUCUUCAACCGCCGCAAGAAGCAGUUGGAGCAGCAGCGCCUAGCAGAUGAGGACGAGAAGAGCGGCGGCUUCGGAACUGCCGCCGCCGCCACUAGCCAGAACCCCCGCGCCCCUCGUAUCAGUCUCCGUCCCGUCACUCAGUUCCUGCCUAAUCUGAACAUCGACAAGCGCGCCAGCAGAGGUCCAGCUGCCACCAUGAACGCCAACCUGGCUCCUGCUGCUGCCGCUCUCGGUAUCCGCAACCCUUCCCAGGGCAGCUGGGACAGGCCAACGACGAGCCAGAGUGCGAACCCCGCCAAUCCGUUCGGCGCCCAGGCCGAGAGAAUCAACGGUCCCAUUGCCGAGGAGUCUGUCAGUUCCCUGAGUCUCAAUGAGAAACCCCUGCCCAGCGUUCACGUUCACGAAACUGCCCCUGCCCCCGCUGCGAAUGAACCUUCUGGUGCGGUCAAUGGUGCGGCUAUUGCUGCUGGCGCCGCCGUUGCUGCCAGCGCCGGUGCCGUCGCCGCUGGAGGCUUGACCCGCAAGGCGUCGACCCGUAAGGACGGCCCAAAGGCUCUCGAUCUCACUCUGGCUGCCCCUCCCGCACCCUUGUCCACGGUACCCGCCUCUCCUUCUGGAACCGCCUUCAGCGCCGACUCUGCAGGGCCUGGUCACCAGUCUUCGAGUUCCACCGGCUCUGCCGCCAUCGCCGCUGCUGGUGGCCCCGCUAACACGACCGUUCACCGAGUACAGCUUGAUUUCAAGCCCAGUCUCGAAGACGAGAUGGAAUUGAGAGCUGGUCAGCUUGUGCGCCUGCUCCACGAGUAUGACGACGGUUGGGCGCUUUGCAUCCGCUUGGAUAGAUCCCAGCAGGGUGUGGUGCCUCGCACCUGCUUGUCCACUCGCCCCGUCAAGCCUAGACCUCCCCAGGCUCAAGGCCCCCCUCGUGGCCCCCCGAUGGGCCCUGGUGCUUCGCGUGGUCCCGGUCCUAACUUUCCGCCUGGUCAGCGCCCCAUGACGCCUCAGGGUGGUCCCCAUGGCGGCCCGCCAUAUCCUCGCUCUGAGUCGCCCGCCCGCCCCAUGGGACCCGGCGGUCGAACUCAGUCCCCGGGUCCCCGCUACCAAGGACCUCCAGGACAACGACCGCAAAGUCCCAGCGGAAUGGGAGGUCGGAAGCCGAGCCCUCCGGGACCUAGCAGAAUCCCUCAGCCUAGCCGAAUGAACCCCAGCGGCCCUCCCAAUGGCCCCCAAAACGGACCUCAGGUCCCCCCGGCUCAGGGUCGUCCAGGCCCGCCGAUGGGACCCGUCGGCCGUAAGCCCGUUCCCGGGCAGGCCGUGUAA